AUGGGACCCGGUAACCACACCAGGGUGACGGAUUUCAUCCUGCAGGGGCUCUUGGAACAUUCGCACCACCAGGGGCUAUUCUUUGCUCUGUUCCUGGGCCUCUAUACCACUGUCCUCCUGAGUAAUUCUCUGAUCAUUGUGGCUAUUGUCCUCCACCCACCUCUCCACACCCCCAUGUAUUAUUUCAUCACCAAUUUGGCUCUGGUUGACAUUUUGUGUACGUCCUCGGUUCUACCGAAAAUGCUGGAACACCUGAUGCAGGAGAAGAAAACCAUCUCCUUUGGUGGCUGCAUCACCCAACUCUUUGUCUUCACGGCAUCGCUGGGGACGGAGCUUCUUCUACUCACUGUCAUGUCGUAUGACCGCUAUGUUGCCAUUUGCCACCCCUUGCACUAUGUCAAACUCAUGAGGAAGGAGAUUUGCCUCUGUUUAGCGGCUGUUGCCUGGGCGAUUGGCACUGGCAGUUCCUUCAUCAACAUCUUGCUUGUGCUGCGCCUGGAUUUUUGUAGAUCCCGCCUCAUCCAGCAUUUCUUCUGUGAGUUUCCCACCGUGCUGGCCCUGUCCUGCAGCUCCACCUACCUCAACGAGGUCAUGAUGUUCCUGGCUCACAUCUACAGCUUCAUCAUCAUCACCAUCUUGAAAAUCCAGAGCACCAAAGGGAAGCAGAGAGCCUUCUCCACCUGCUCUUCCCACCUGCUAGUGGUCACCUUGUACUACUCCACCCUCAUCUACAUCUACAUCCGGCCGACCUCCAGUCACUCACGGGCUAAGGACAAGAUAGUGGCCGUUCUGUACACCCUAGUGACGCCCAUCUUGAACCCUCUAAUAUACAGUCUACGCAACAAUGAAGUCAAAGUGGCCUUCAGGAAAAUCCUUCCCUUCAUCAGAAAAUAG